CUGACAUCAGCGUUUUACAUUCAAAUUGCACAGGAAGCGACUCAUCACCGACUGUGCAGAUAUUUUUCCAUAUCGCACACCCGGAAGUAUUAUUGCACACUUGUUAUUGCACACUAGGAAGUGAUUCUUAUUUGGAAUAAAACGUUUUCAGCUAGUGAGAGAACAAGAAAAACAUAGUUUACACACUUAUAAUCAUGCAUUGCAAUGUUUAUCAGUCUCUUUUCUUGUUUUCUGAUGCUCUGUAUCACUUCUGUGCUCUUUUUGCAGUGAAGCUGAGAGGGUCAGGAGGUUGUCAGUGUUCAUAUUUAAUGCAUCAAACAGGCAUCAGUGUUGGGAGUGGGUGCUUUGAGCGGAGUAUUGCACAUGUAGAAGUGUACUGCACCACCAUAAUUAUAAGCCGGCCUGUUCAGGGUCUUGUAUAAAGUCGUUUUGGCUUUUCACACUUUUCUUCAGUUAUAGCGGUGCAUGUUUCCUCUUCUGAUACACUGGAGCAUGAUAGAAAGCAAGCACAUGCUGUUUAUCCUUCAGAACUAUCCAUUUUCAAAACGGGUUGCUGGUUGUCAAAGUUUUUCUUGUCUUUUUUCUUGUCUGUUCUCUACAAAAUCUUUAAGUAGCCUUCUGCAAGCUCUCUUGGUGUUCUAGAGUCUUAUUUAUUUGUCUUUCUAGCUGUUUUCUUUCUCUUAAACUCGUCUUCAACUGGGAGAACUCAAUUUUGUUGCUACGCAUUCUUCUGGUUGAUAAAGCAACCGCAUAUUGCGCAUGCGCAGAUUCAACCUGCAUUUUGGUUGCCAAGCAAUAAAUGCAUUAUCCCAUGGAUACUGAAGAUUAUAGAUUUUUUUUUUAUAGGAUAAUAUCAUAGUAUGGGCUUGGGACGUGGACGUAUUCUAUCACUUUCCAUCAUAACGUGCUGUGAAGCAUGUGUUGCAUGCAAUAAUAAAAACCAGACAACAUUUUGCUCAUUCUGAUCUCUCUAAGAAUCGAUAAGAGGCAUCCAGUCUGCGUACACAGCCACCAAGCAGGAGGCCAUUGCUGCAUGGGAUGGGGACAAGAGAAUAGUGUCCAAGCAUGCAAUGGCCCUGGUUCAGUUGGACAAUGGAGUCAAAGUGCUACCAAGUGGAUGGAAGUGUUCUAUGUGUGACCUGACCUCUAACCUCUGGAUGAACCUCACUGACGGUACCAUACUCUGUGGACGAAAAUACUUUGAUGGAUCUGGGGGUAACAAUCACGCUGUAAAUUACUACGCUGAUACCCGGUACCCCCUGGCGGUGAAACUAGGGACCAUCACACCUGACGGAGGGGACGUGUACUCUUAUGAUGAGGACGAUAUGGUACUCGACCCUCUGUUGAGUCAGCACCUUGCUCACUUUGGCAUUGACAUCACCAGCAUGACCAAGACUGAUGCCACCAUGACUGAGCUGGAGAUUGACAUGAACAUGUGUAUUGGGGAGUGGUCCAUUAUUCAGGAGUCUGGCAAAACCCUUGUCCCUCGAUAUGGUCCAGGGUACACGGGGAUGCGUAACCUUGGCAACAGCUGCUAUCUGAACUCAGUCAUGCAGGUCAUGUUCUCUCUGCCAGAGUUCAAGCAAAGGUAUUUCGAUAAUGCUGGUACCAUCUUCCAAAACUCUCCUGCCAACCCAACCUCUGACUUCGACUGUCAAUUGAGUAAACUAGCAGUGGGGUUGUUGUCAGGUCAGUACUCUCGAGAGCCCCCGUCAGAAGAGGCGCCAAGUAAUAAGGAAACAAAGCCGCCCAAGGAGCAAGAGGGAAUUCCCCCAAUGAUGUUCAAGGCUCUGAUUGGUCGAGACCACCCUGAGUUCAGUACUAUGAGGCAACAGGAUGCUCAGGAGUUCUAUCUUCACCUGCUGGCAUCAAUUGACAAGAAUCAACGUACCAAACCUGGGACUCUGAAUGCAGUGGACUCAUUCCGGUUCCAGACUGAGGAACGAAUCGAGUGUGUAGCCUCAGGGAAGGUCCGCUACUCCCUGAGAGAGGACAACCUCCUUCCCCUGCCCGUACCUCUGGACACAGCCACUAACGAAGCUGAAGUGGCUGCCUGGGAGGUUAAGAAGAAAGAAUUAGAAGCAAACAAGCAGAGAAUCAAUCCUAAUGACAUUGUUCGAGCCAAGGUACCAUUCACUGCGUGUCUAGAGAGGUUUGCACUAGCUCAUGAGAUUUCGGACUUCUACAGUACAGCAGUUGGUGGGAAAGGCCUGGCAAAAAAGACCUCGCGGUUCACCUCAUUUCCAGACUACCUCAUGAUACAGAUGGUCAAGUUCACUUUUGCCGAGGACUGGGUUCCAAAGAAAAUAGAUGUGCUUGUUGAUGCUCCCGACACUCUGGAUUUGUCUCACUUGAGAGGGUGUGGUCUACAGCCCGGAGAGGUGGAGCUCCCUGAUGGUGGGGAUGCCCCUGCCAAUCAACAAGAGGAGAAACCCGUUGAAAUUGAUGAGGGGGUGGUGAUGCAGCUGGUGUCCAUGGGCUUUGACCUAGAGGGGUGCAAGAGAGGCGUCUUUAACACCCAAAACCAAGGUGUUGAGCCAGCUAUGAAUUGGAUAUUGGAACACAUGGGAGACCCAGAUUUUGCUGCCCCAUUUGAGCCUCCAAAGCCACAGUCCAAGACCUCCGCCGGCCCACCCGUCAGUGAAGACAGUAUUGUCAUAGUAAUGAGCUUGGGAUUCACCAGAGAGCAAGCCAUCAAAGCACUGAAAGCAACUGAUGGUAAUGUGGAGAGAGCGGCUGAUUGGGUGUUUAGUCACAUGACUGAGCUGGCAGCUAUGGAGGUGGAUCAGCCGUCAGAGGUGGGACCAACCUAUCACGAUGGACCAGGAAAAUACGAGCUGACGGCCUUCAUCAGUCACAUGGGCACCUCCACCAUGCGUGGCCAUUACGUCUGUCACAUCAAGAAAGAUGGCAAGUGGAUCAUCUUCAACGAUGCUAAAGUUGCCGAGUCAGCUGCUCCCCCCAGAGAAUUGGCCUACCUCUAUCUGUACAAAAGAGUUGGAACCUCAUAAAAACUGAUAGCACACUAACAAUGCGCAGUUCGCAAUUAGUCAUGUAUCAAUUAUGCGCAUGUGCAUGUGUUGUAUAAAUUAUUGUGGCUGUGGAUUUUUUUCUGCCAUGUGUAUUGUGUAAAUCUACCUGAUUCUG